AUGGCGACACUCUCACAAGCUCGUGUUGCUGGGUGGGCGUCACGUUGGUUAACAGAUGAACUUGUAGCGCUUUCAAGAGCGGGAAAUUGGGAAGGUGCCAUUUCUACACUGACGCAGCUGCAACAGGCUAACAUUGUACAGAGCAAUGUAUUUCAUUACACUACAGUAAUUAACGCAUGUGGUCGUGCCGGUAAAUGGGAAGCGGCAAUGUCUGUAUUUACACAUAUGACAAAAAGUGAUGUGAAACCUAAUGUUUACACCUAUACAGCUCUUAUAAAUGCAUGUGCUGCAGCGGAAAAACCAGAUGUUGCACUCAGAAUGUAUGCACAUAUGAGACUUGCUGAAGUUGCCCCAAAUGUUCGUACAAUGACAGCAUUAGUAAAUGCAUGUGCACGUGCGAGUCAAUGGGAAAGGGCUAUAAAAAUUUUGCGAGAGUGUGAAGAACUCUGUGUGGCACCAAAUGUUUUCACAUAUACAGCCGCUAUGGAUGGUUGUCGUCGUGCAGGAGUUUGGGAACCGGCAGUGGAAUUACUGAAGGAAAUGCGAGAUCCAACGAAUGUGCGUCCUAAUGAAAUCACUUAUAACACUGUUCUUGGUGCGUGUGUAGCUGGUUCUGCCCGUGAGGCAGCACUAAAAGUUUAUGCUGCCAUGGUAAGUGAUGGAUAUUUACCAGUCGUGUACACAAAAACACUUCUCAUGGAACUUUUUAAAAAUAGUGCUCUUGAUGGACUUGCAGAUGAUCUCCAGGUACGCAAGAGUACAUGGCAGGAGUCUAAUGUACCAGAUUCUGAUCCAGCCACGGCAUUAAGAGCAACUCAUGAAGAGGAUUUGGAAGAAGUGGAGGCAUCUACAUCUUCAGUUUCAGAUAUGGAAAAGGAAGGAGAGCGGCGAAAACAUUCACAGAAGGAAGAGGAAUCCGAAAAGACAGAGACGAAGGGAAAUCAACAGUUGUAA